GUUGAACUGGAGCGGGGGAGUUUUUGGAGCUGCUCCGCUGCAGCACACACUUCCGUGUUGUCUGUCACCGUAAAGCAGGAAGCACUGUAGUAAUGUGUAGGAGUUAAUCUGUCCUGCUGCUGUUUACCUACAGGUGAAGUGAGACAGCGGGAGAAGCUACAUGGAGGCUAACUAACACAGGACCAAUCGGUGCUCGGCAUACAGAGGAACUGCGGUACAUUAGCACCAGGAUGCCAGCCGGAGUGUGUGGCUGCUGUGGGCCGCUGAGGCCAAGGUACAAACGCCUGGUGGACAACAUCUUUCCUGAGGACCCCAAAGAUGGCCUCAGUAAAUCAGACAUGGAGAAGCUGACCUUCUACGCUGUGUCGGCUCCAGAGAAACUGGACAGGAUCGGAGCUUACCUGGCUGAGAGGCUGAGCAGAGAUGUGGUGCGACACCGCUACGGGAACGUUGUUAUCGCCAUGGAGGCUCUGGACCAGCUGCUGAUGGCCUGUCACUCUCAGAGCAUCAAACCCUUCGUGGAGAGUUUCCUGCAUAUGGUGGCCAAGCUGCUAGAGUCCAGAGAACCAGACCUGCAGGUGCUGGGGACCAACUCGUUUGUGAAGUUUGCCAACAUUGAGGAGGACACGCCGUCUUACCACCGCCGCUACGACUUCUUUGUGUCCCAGUUCAGCGCCAUGUGCCACUCCACUCAUGAAGAUCCUGAAACCAGAACCAGGAUCCGUGUGGCCGGGAUUAAAGGUCUGCAGGGCGUGGUGAGGAAGACGGUGAACGAUGAGCUGCAGGCCAUCAUCUGGGAGCCCCAGCACAUGGACAAACUGAUCCCGUCCAUGCUGUUCAACAUGCAGGACAGUGAUGACCUGGACAGGGCGGGGCACCCCAGCACACCUUCAGGGGCAGUUCAGGAUGGCGAGGAAAAUCCGGCAGCGCUGGCAGAGAGCUGCUUCAGGGAGCUGCUGGGCAGGGCGGCCUACGGCAACAUGAACAACGCUGUCCGACCUGUGUUGGUUCACCUGGACAACCACCACCUGUGGGACCCCAAUGAGUUUGCUGUCUCCUGCUUCAGGAUCAUCAUGUACUCCAUCCAGGCUCAGCACUCCCACCACGUCAUCCAGCAGGUGCUGAAUCACCUCGACACUCACAACAAGAACACACCAAGGGUCAGAGCUGGCAUCGUCCAGGUCCUGCUGGAGACUGUGGCCAUCGCUGCCAAAGGCUCAGUGGGUCCCACAGUGCUGGAGGUGUUCAACACUCUGCUCAAGCACCUGAGGAUGAGCGUGGACUUCGAGCUGGGCGAGAGCUCGAGGAGAAACUCCGGCACCAGCGUUUCAUCCGGCCGCGGCAAAGAGAGCGAAGAGAGAAUCGUCCAGAACGCCAUCAUCCAGACCAUCGGCUUUUUCGGUGGAAACCUGCCAGACUACCAGCGAGCUGAAGUCAUGAUGUUCGUCAUGGGCAAAGUGCCAGUGUACGGGACCCCCUGCCACACCUUGGACACCGUCAAGAUUGGGCAUCAGGGCACCAAGCGGAUCCAGACCAUGCUGCUCAGCUCUCUCAUCAUGGUAACCUCUGGCUUCAAGUCCAAGUCCAUGGCAGCUGCGUUGCCUCCUCCCUUCCUGGAUCCGCUCUUCUCCAUCUCUCUGAUGGAGGACAGCGAGCUGAGGCAGCUGGUGCUGGAGAUCCUGCACAACAUCAUCGAUCGCCAUGACAACCGCGCCAAGCUACGCGGCAUCAGAAUCAUUCCUAACGUUGCAGCACUGAAGAUUAAAAGAGAGAAGAUUUCCAAGCAAGAUGUUGCAUUCAUGAAGAAGCACGGCCAACAGCUCUACCGUCACAUCUAUCUGGGCUGUAAAGAGGAGGAUAACGUCCAUAAAAACUUUGAGCUGCUCUUCACCACCCUGGCCAUUCUGACCAUCGAGCUGGCCAACGAGGAAGUCGUGAUCGACCUCAUUCGACUCUCCAUCGCUCUACAGGACAUGGCUCUGACUAAUGAGGAGAACAUGCCGAUGUUUAUCCGUUGUGGCAUCAUGGCGUUGGUGGCAGCGUACCUCAACUUCCUGAGCCAGAUGAUCGCAAACCCUCCCUUCUGUCAGCACGUCAGCAAGGUUAUUGAGCUGAGGAACAUGGAUGCUCCGUACCUCCUCCCAGAGCACAUCUUCAGGGACAAGUGUCCACUCCCUGAAUCUCUGAACAAGGAGGACAGGCCGCUGUACUUCCAGACAGCUGACAUGGCGGAGUGUCUGGCAGGACCAGGAUACAACGCAGAGAGACUCUCCAUCCCAUACGUUCCCCAGGUCACAGAUGAAGAUCGUCUGACUAGGAGGAAGAGUUUCGUGGACACAAUUUCCCUUCAGGUGGACAUCAUGUCCAACAGCCUUCCAGACAAGUCCCAGCUAGCUGAGGAGAUCACGUUCGAGACCCUGAAGAAGGCCAUCGACACCACCGGCCUGGAGGAGCAGGAGAGGGAGAAGAGGCGUCAGGUGAUGGAGAAGUUCCAGAAAGCUCCAUUUGAGGAGAUCGCUGCUCACUGCGAGUCCAAGGCGAACAUGUUGCACGACCGGCUGGCACAAAUCUUCGAACUUACAAUUAGGCCUCCACCCAGCCCGUCCGGAGUGGUUUCCAUCUCAUCGGGACACACUCAGCACCAGUCCGUCCCAGUCUACGAGAUGAAGUUCCCAGACCUGUGUGUCUACUGAUCACAACAUUGAAAGGAACAACACACACACACACACACACACACACACACACACACACACACAUACAUACUUGUACAAAACUAGCUGAAAUGCAAAAUCAAAAAUGCUAUGAAAGAACUACACAAUCACAAUCUGUAUUCCAGUCUCCUGUAUUCAGACCAGCACGAAGUUGUCACACAAAAUGCAGCAAAACAGCCAUUUUCAAUUUGAUAUGAAGAUGUGUAAAAAAAAAAACAAAAAAAAAAACAACUUCCCUAAUCUCUUUCUAAUUCUCUUUGAGAGCCUCAGAAGUGAAGCGGUACUUCUAAAUCCCAAAAAGCCAUUCAGCUGUUAUUAAAACUUGCUCAACAUCUCUUUCUGCUCUUUUUAAAUUCCUUAACUCUUACUUAAUUUUGAAGCAGACCAUUAUUAACCCUGCCAGCUCUAAACAAACUGAUUUGCUGUAUUUUGUUGCCUGACUAACAUACGUGAAACUAAACAUACAAGUCACCAAGAACAAAAACAAAUGAACAGCUUCCACUCUGAGAUUUCAGUGAUAGAUGCUGAAUCAGAUGUUGCGUCCCAGCAUGCCUCCGAUCCGGUAUCAUCUCUGAUCUGGCCAAAGCUUCACGCCUUGUACGCCGUAGUCUCAAAUUAAACUCUCGUACAAACGGCUAAAGCAGUCUCAGGGUUAAACCUUGAGUCUGGUUUUUGUUGUGAUGCUCCGUCUUCAGAGCCAGCUUCUGCCUCUUAACAAGUAUCUGUUCUUAUCAGUAGGCGUCAGUGCAGUCGCUAAUAGGUAGAAAUGUUCAGUAUAUUAGCUGUCAGAUAGAAAAUCAGAAAUAACUUCACUGGUGGUAGAAGGCAGGUUAGUUUUAGGCUCACUGCUGCUCAGUCUAAUCAGUCUUCACUGUUCAGUCUUUGCUAUUUAAACUCAGACGUCAUAAACGACUUCAACAAGCAGCUAAGCUUCAUGAUUGGAAAUGAAUUGAAAGCAGAACUUAACUGGUCUUGAACUGCUUGGCAGAGACUCCUAAAAGACAAGCCAAAGAGAGUUUUCAGUGCUGCUCAGCAGAAACGGCUCGCUCAUGCUUGGUGAUUUUGUGUUUGCUUCUGAUGCUGUGUUCCAGAGCUCUUGGAAAUGUUGAGUAUUUACACAGAAAUGUUGGAAAGCUUCAGUUUAACAGCACAAAAGAUCAGGAAUAAGAAAUCAGACCAAAGUAUUGUUUUUUAAGAGGUUCAUAAAUUCCAUUUUCAUCGCUGAGUCAUGUUAUCUCAGUCAAAACACCUCAGUGGUUCUAUUUCAAUUUAAAUUAGAUUGUAAAACAAUACUAACAGUUGAUGUUAUG